UAAAAGAAAUAAACCCAAUUCCAAAAUUUUAUAUCGUCCCAUUAUACUGCUUGGUUGCUAAUACCAAGUAAUAAUCAACUGCCAUGUAUGUAAGUCGUUCAUUCAUUCACAUUUGCUUUUCAACGAAGAAAGUGAUUGAGGAAAACAAAAGAUAAAUGAGACCCCAUACAAACAGCCAAGCCGGACAGAAAAAGACACAAUAAUCAAAUAAAUGACAUAGACACUAUUAAUCUAGUUCCUGAAACGAUUUUGAGAACCCUAAUUUAUCCAUGAGAAUCAACUUCUCCCGGCCAACCGGCCUGACCAAUCUAGUAUGUUAUCAUUCAUUUUAUCGAGUUCCACUAAUAUAAGUACCCAAUCCAGCAUUGUUUCUCUUCAAUAUUGUUUGAGACUUGUCUCUGGUCUUCUGCAACGGAUAUGUGCUUGAAUUCUGCAGAAAAAAACUGCCUAAUUUGUUGCUUUAGAUUUUGCCUUGUAACCAUCUACAUCGAUCGAGAAUUGCACCCUUUUUGAAUGCUGCAAACUUAUCUUUGAUGCUCAUCCUCGUCUCCAUUGAGUUUUUUUCCGUCUCUUUCCUUCUGUAUUGUUUAGAUUUGGGAAGGAAAGAAGAGCACAGAUAUCAAUCAAUCAGCACAUAUAAUAAGCAUUAGGUAAUCGUCAAUCCAGCUAGCAUUUCGUUGUCUUUCGUUCUCGAUGUCUUUUAAUAUAUUUCUAGCUUUGUGCCCGGCGGUCGUUGGGUUGUGUGCUUAUAUUCUACUUGUGAUUCCCAGUUGCCACUCUCAUUGGCGAGCUUGGAGUAGCUCAAAGAUCACUGUCUCCACCUAGUCAGGAUGUCUUUGUCGUUUGUUUUGAGGUCAACUUGGUAGUUGUGCUUCUUGGAGGGUUCACACUUCACCUGUCAUGGCAACUAAGAAUAUUCGUGUGUUUGGUAAAUGUUCACCAUCGUCCUACUUGCAUGGGAGGAAUAUAAUAUUGUUUGGGUUUGUUGAAAUCUCCAUGGCCAUUUCAUAUUCUUGGGAAAAUCUCAAAACCCUCUUACAGAUCUAAAGUCAUUGAAAGUUCAGUCUUCCUCUCCUGCUCUCUUGCUUCGAUGUUGCUCCCCUGCCUUUUGCGUCUCGUUGCUGUUACCCUGGGUUUUCCUUGCUGUCUCUCCUACCCUUGAUCUUCAUUUCUCUCUAGCUUCCUUCAUUUUAUCCUGGGAAACUCCUUGCUAUUUCAUCUGGCAAUCUACUUCUCGCCCUUGUAAUUCCUUCUCACUUUUCCACUAUUCUACCUCUUGUUUCCAAGCUCCCCUGCAUCUCCUCUGUUUUUCCCUCCCAAAGAAAUGGUUGAAAUCAUUCUGGGCCCUCUAGUUGAACUAAUCCUUGUCAAGUUGGUCACCCUUGUGUCCGAUCAGGUCCGACUCCUCAGGAAUCUCAAACCUGAGAUCCUGAACCUCAAGGUUACCGUCACCAUCACCCAGGGUGUGCUUCUCGACGCAGAGAAGAAGCAGUCCCACGACAACCAAGUCAAACUCUGGCUCGAGAAGAUCUCCGAUGUUAUGUACGAUGCUGAGGAUCUGCUUGACGAUUUAUCCACAGAGGUUGCGCUUCGGAAGCUAGCAAAGACUCACCGGAGGCCUGGGAUGGCAGCGACUUUCCGUAGGAGAAUAUGGUCUCCGGUCUCUUCCCGUUCCAAGCAGUUGAUGUAUAAUCGUAAGAUGGCUCGUGAUAUUAAGGCUCUUCGGGAGAAGCUUGAUGUUAUAUCCAGAGAGAAGGAGGCUUUCAAGUUCGAAGUUGGCACCGAGUUAAGAGCUCUUCCUUCCUUCAGGGAGACGGAUGCCUGCCCACCCAGCAUUAUGAUUGGGAGGGACGAGGACAAGAAAAAUAUCAUUGAACUAUUGCUGAAUUACAACCCAGAAGCCAACAUUUCGGUCGUUUCCAUUGUUGGGAUGGGUGGGUUGGGUAAAUCCACCCUUGCUAAGUCCGUAUUUGAUGACAAAGAAGUUCAAGAUCACUUUGGUAUCAAAGCUUGGGUCUAUGUUUCACAGAGCUUUGAUUUCAAAAUGAUCAUCCGAAGGAUGUUGGAAUCCAUAACUCGUGAGAAAGUGGAGGAUCUCACUUUAGAUGCUUUACAAGCUCGGCUCCGGGGGGAAAUAGAAGGCAAGAAGUUUUUGUUUGUAUUGGACGAUGCUUGGGAGGAGAAGAGGCAAAGUUGGGAGAAAUUGGAAAAUUAUUUGGCGGUCGGUGCUCUUGGAAGCAAAGUGCUGCUGACUACUCGAUCCACAAGAGUGGCGGAUUUUGCUGGCGGAGCUCUAAAGUCGAGAACAAUUACCAGCAUUGUGGAGCCUUAUAAAUUGGAAGGCUUGUCAGAAGAAGAGUCUUGGAACUUACUGGUGGAAAAGGCCUUCCCAAGAAAACUCCCGCAAGAACCACAACUGCAAGAAAUUGGUAAAGAAAUACUGAGGAAGUGUGGUGGAGUUCCUCUAGCUGUGAGCACCAUAGCUGGUGUGUUAGUAGAUUCUAACGAUCCAAAGACUGAGUGGCCAUCUUUUAAAGAAAAAAGCGUUUCGAGCAUCACAAAAGAAGGAGAAAAAGAAGAUCCUACUAUGUCAGCUCUCAAACUAAGUUUCAAUCAUCUCCCUUCCCACAUGAAGCAUUGCUUUUCUUACUGUAAAUUGUUUGGAAAGGGUGAGAGGCUCCGUAUAAAAUUGUUGGUUCAACUUUGGGUAGCACAAGGGUACAUUGAUUCGGAAGAUAAAGGUUUUGACUGCUUCAAAACAUUAUGGUGGCGAUCAUUCUUCCAAGAGGUGGAAAUGGAUGGGCAGGAGUGGCUGGACAAUAUGUCAACAUGCACAAUGCAUGACUUAAUGCACGACCUAGCUGGCUCGAUAGCUGGAGAAAAGAUCAUAGUGACUCCAAGUUUAACGAUUCUAAAAAAUAUUCCUUCAAAGACCCGUCACUUGUGCAUAAGGGGUGAUCGUGAUCAGAGAGAAGAAGAUCAUGGUGGUGAUGGUCUGGGAAAUGCAAGCCAGGUGCGAACUCUUAUGUGCCGGAAGACUCUUACAAGAGAAGAAGUUCAACAAGUCAUUAAAAACUUCAUACGCUUGCGCGUACUAAUAUUUGUGUGCAAAGAUCCAGACUCAGACGACGAAGACAGGUCCAUUUUGGAUGCUUUUACUUCAAUUAAUUUUGAUAAGUUGAAGCAUUUAAGAUUUCUUGCUUUCAAUUGCGAGGGAAGGAAAGGACUUCCAAACUCAAUUAGCAACUUAGUUAAUCUGCAAGUACUGGAACUCAGUGCCUCCAAGUCACUAGAAGAACUACCAAAGGACAUUGAGAAGCUUGUUAAUUUGAAGCAUUUGGAGCUCAAAGCAGAGUUUGCGGGACAAUUAACCCAUAUGCCAAAAGGGAUUGGAAAGUUGAAGUUUCUCGCAAGGCUACCAAUGUUUGUAGUGAGGGAGAGGAGCAGUAGUAUUGGAAAUGACGAGACAGUUGGGGCUGAGUUGGAUGAGCUGAAAGGGUUAAAUGCAUUGUGUGGAGAAUUGAUAAUUAGAGGCCUAGGACAUCCUGAAUCUCCAAGAACAGGUGUUUAUGUCUUGAAUGAAAAGCAACAUCUCCAGUCACUUGUUAUAGAUUGGGGAAGAUAUUAUCACUUUGGCGCUGAUUAUAUUACUUCCGUGUCUAUUCAUCAUGAAGGGAUAUUGGAAAUACUGAAGCCACACUUUAAUCUGAAGAAGUUGGCGAUACAUGCAGGUUAUGAAGGGGUGAAGAUUCCUAACUGGUUGUCUGGCCUCACCAAUUUGGUUGAGUUCUCAUUAGAAGAUUGCAGGCAAUGUGAGUAUCUCCCCCCGCAAAUUCAUAAAAUGCAGAGUCUGAAGAAGCUUACAAUUGACAAUUGCCCGCUGUUGAAGGGCAUCGAUGAUGAUGGCCAUCAUCGUGAUUCUUCACCGAUAGAGGAAGAGGAUUGCGAAUGGCCUCGAUUUCGUUGUCUUGCUAACUUGCGCAUUGAGCAUUGCCCAAGGCUAACUCGGUUGCCCACUUUCCCUACCGUUGAAGGCGAGUUGGAGUUGGUUGCGGUGAGCUUAGCACCAUUAGCUAGGACUAUGAAGAUGAAGAUGAGGGGAGAAGGAGGUGUUGGUUAUAGGGAUUACUUCGAUACAAAUAUCCAUCCUCUUGGUACGUCUUCUUCUUCGGCAUUGGUCCACUCACUCUCUGGGCUGACCAAGCUGACUUUAAAAAUGAUUGAUGACGAUUUCGAAUCCCUAUCAUAUCAUGAUUCGAGCAGUUGUCUCGUAUCUCUUCAGGAGUUGAGAAUUGGGGAAUGUCAUCGAGGGGUAAAGCUUCCUAGUUCGUUGUGUUCCAGUGCAAGCUUGACGUUGAUUGACUUAAGAGGAUGUGAGAAGGUAGAGUACCUGCCACCCCUACAUGGACUUCCAUCCUUGAAAGAGCUAACAAUUUGGGACUGUCCGAAUCUGAAGGGAUGUUGGUGGAAGAAAAGGAAGGGGAAUAAUGAUAAUUAUGGCGAUGGUGGUGAUGAUGAUUAUUACAACUUUGAUCCUUCAAUGGAAGAGGAAAGGGAAGAUGAGGAGUGGCCCCGUUUCCCUUGUCUUUUGGCAUUGGAUAUUGGAGGUUGUCCAAACCUGACUCGGAUCCCUCUGUUUCCAACGGUUGAAGGGUUGAGGCUAAUGAGAACCAGCUCAGAGGCGCUAGUGCGGACAAUGAAGAUGCAAGUGGCGGGAGCAGUUCAUCAUGAUUCUCAGCAACAUUCCACUACAACAGCAACUACCUCUCCUUCUUCCCAGAGGACUGCGCUGGAUAGACCGCUAUCUAACUUGAAAAAGUUGAAACUUUGGUUAAUUGAAGAACUGGAAUUUCUACCAGAAGAAGGCCUCUGCAACCUCACUUCUCUCCGUGAAUUGGAUAUUUACUAUUGUCCAAGAUUAGCAAAUCUGCUUCCAGCAAUACAACACUUCACCUCUUUACACAUUUUGAAAAUUUGCGGGUGUCCUGAGUUGAUAAUAAGAUGCGAAAAGGGUGGAGGCGAAGACUGGCCCAACAUUUCCCACAUCCCCAAUAUAAAUCUGGACGGCUAUAUACUCCAAGCUUCAGGUUGGGUUCCCUGAGAUCUUUUUCACUAAGUUUCACAUCCUUGGCAUUUAUCUUCAAUUCAAUUUCUCUCAUUCAGGUCCCACUCUCAACAACAUAUCAUUCUCGUUGUUGAAAAUAUUUAAUUGUAGAACUAGUCUACUAAGAUAAUCAAGAACUACAACUAAUCCAUUGCUUCUUCUUGUUUUUUUUUUUAAUCCCAACUCUUAGAUUCUAAACCUUAAGCCACCAACUCAAACACAUCAAAUUACUAGUAAAUUUUAAAUAGUUUUUGUACAUAUUUGUCCAUCUUCUGUUUUAUUGCAAUUUAAAAUUGUGAUUAUUUUGCCUUGAAUUAGCUACUUAAAAUGACGAGAUGUGGUAUGCGCCCAAAACUUGUGCAUCUGGUAUUUUGAAUGUAUUUGCACAAAUUAAAACUCUUAAAUCAUUGUUUUUAGGAAUUAGAGAAUCAGGGUGUAAUGUUUUCUAUUCAAGUUUGCAUAUCCUAAAUGUUAAUCAGUUCAUGCUCUAGAAUUCGCACAAUAUACAUAGUUUUUUUUAUUCUUGUUAAAACUCCUAAUCAUUGUUUUUAGGAAUUAGAGAAUAAAUGGUGUAAGGUUUACAAUUCAGGUUUGAAUAUCCUAAACGUUGAUCAAUUCAUGCUCCAACAUUCGCCAAUGUCAUAAUUUUUUUUUAUUUUGGAUUCAUGCUCUAAUUUUUCCCAUCUUUACUAUUAUCGUCUAUUUUGGAUAGCAGCUUCUGUGUACAAGUUGACGAAGAGCGACCGUGAUAGUGCACGCCCUCCUGUGUUUGAUAUGAAACCAGCUUGGUGGUCUCUUAAUUGCUUUUUAUGCUGUGUGCUAACAGGGACUUAUUUCUGAAGGGAAGCUGGACGCUUCCAACACGCCGUAUUAUGAGCCGUUCACUGAAGACGUGAUCACAUGAGAUGAGAGCCGAGAUCGAGAGAGAAGGGUCGUUUGCUGUGGAUCGCCUGGAGAUCAUCGUGAUCCGAUGGGAUGGGUGUGUAAUGGAGGAGGAACGCAGUGCGACCAGGCGACCAUGGCGAGGAACAUGGGGAAAGCGAUUAGAGCAGUGAACGAGGCGAAGAUUCGAAGCCAUUUCGGUGGAGGAGAUGUGGAGUUUGUGGAUCGUUUGUUUCAGAAGUUUGGCAGGAUCAUGGUGGAUGACUCUGAAGGAAGUUGAGCAUGUCAAUAUUGUUGUCUCUGUUGUCGAUGGCUUUGUGUGAUCUACUUGGUAAUAUCAUUUGCACUCAUAUUUCGAUUUCAAUUGUAUUAUGGAUUUCUAGUACUACGAAAAAGGAUCUAUUGAGAGUUGAGACUAUCUUUGCUGAACUUAUUGAUUGAAAUUUGAAUCUGAGUAUCUUUUAGAUUUUGACUGUUGGCCUCGAUGUUUAAAGUGUAGUCAAACGUUGUUGAUUUUUGUGGUAUGUUUGGAGGGGUAGCGAUGACAAAGAAUGAUUGAAUAUAGGAGUUUAGUGAUGACAAUUUUUUACAUGAUUCGCACAAUUCGUCAUGUUCCUACUUGUUUGUUUGGGAAAAGUAUUAUUCAAUCUAUAGUAUUAGUAGUGUGUGAAAUAGGUACGAGUAUCGCUUUCGAUCAGUUCUGUCUCGUUCUCGACUCGUUAUUUCGUAAUUUGUAUUAAUCUCUACAUGUAUUUAUUCUUUUUUUAACAUUUUUAAAUCAUAUUUUCGUCUAAAAGAAAUUUUAAAAUUCAUA